AUGAACAAACAAAAAGCGGCCGAGAAGGCUCUGCAUGAUCAGACGAACAUUCUCCCGUUGGGGCAACUGAUGAUCGUCUUCUCGAGCAUGGCCACCUCCUUAUUGAUCUGCUUUAUAGACCAGAAUGGUAUCAGCGUGACAUUACCCACAAUUGCGCGCGAUCUUGGAGCUGAGAAUACCAUUUCCUGGGCUGGAACUUCGUCUUUAAUCGCCAACACCGUGUUUACGGUGCUCUAUGGGCGAUUAUCGGAUAUUUUCGGUCGGAAAGUUAUUUAUAUCUCUGCUCUGGUUACCCUUUGCCUUGCAGAUUUGUGCUGUGGACUGGCUGUUAAUCCUACCAUGUUUUAUAUAUUUCGAGGCCUUGCUGGAAUGUCUGGUGGUGGCGUCACGUCUCUAACUAUGAUCAUUGUGUCUGAUGUGGUCACAUUAGAGCAGCGCGGAAAAUACCAAGGCUUUUUAGGCGCUGCUAUCGGCCUUGGAAAUGUGAUCGGUCCUUUUAUUGCCGCUGCUUUCAUUGAGAAGUCAACAUGGCGCGGGUAUUUCUGGCUUAUUUCUCCUCUGGCUGCUGUCUCUGCUGUCAUUGGAUUUAUCCUUAUACCCAAUAAUGCGCGCAAAGAUGGUCUCAUGGAGAACCUCGGCCGUAUUGACUGGUGGGGAGUGCUUUCUUCUUCGAUUGGAGUGAUCUUCUUAUUGAUUCCUAUUUCUGGAGGAGGAUCUUAUUUUGAAUGGAACUCCCCGAUGGUUAUCAGUAUGCUCGCUAUUGGAGGGUUUGCGAUGGUUUCGUUCAUAUUUAUUGAAUGGAAAGUGGCUAAAUUGCCAAUGCUGCCCACUAUAUUGAUUGAAGUCUUAGUUGCUUUCUUCAAGGACAAGGCGAAAGUUGCUAUUUUUUGCCAGAGCUUCUUUCUUGGAGCUGUGUAUCAAGCCUACCUCUACUAUUUGCCCCUUUAUUACCAAAAUGCGCGCGGCUGGUCUCCUAUCGUGUCAGCAGCAUUGACAGCUCCGAUGGUGGCAUGCCAGUCUAUCUCUUCUAUUUGCUCCGGACAGUACAUUUCUCGACUUCGUCGAUAUAUCGAAAUCAUCUGGAUGGGGUUUGGACUCUGGACCUUGGGCGCUGGGCUCAUGCUGCUUUUCGGUCCUCAUACUCAUCCAGCUGCAAUCGCUGUCAUUGUCGGUAUCGUCGGAGUGGGUGUCGGUUUCACAUUCCAGCCUACACUUGUUGCGCUACAGGCACACUGCACUAAAUCUCAGCGGGCCGUAUCGAUCUCGAACCGCAACUUCUUCCGCUGCAUGGGAGGUGCUGUUGGCCUUUCUGUUUCCGCUGCCCUCCUUCAAGCGUCUCUCCGCUCAAACCUGCCUAGCAGUCUUUCUUAUCUGGCGAAAUCCACAUACUCACUUCCCGAUAAGUCGAGUGUUUCUGCUGUUGAGUGGACGCAAAUUCUCCUUUCUUAUAGCAAGGCGUCACACUCGGUUUUUAUCCUGCAGGUUCCUCUUAUAGGUGUGUGCUUUCUCGCAUCUAUAUUCAUCGAGGAUCAUGGUCUUGAACGACCAAAAGAGCCCGAAGAGAUUGAAGAGGAGAGAAAGGCGGAGAAAGCUAAGUUGGAUGCUGAAACUGGGCUUCCUGAAUAUGAGAAUGGACAGUCUGAUGAGACUGCUGAAACACAUCUCUCAACGUCCACACUUGCAGACUCAUCUUCUUCGCCAUCUCGUGCUAGAUCAGAGCACUCGGCUGUCUGA